AUGGGAGAACUGAAAUUCUUUCUGGGUCUACAAAUCAAGCAUGGGAAAGACAAGAUUCAUAUUCAUCAGACCAAGUACAUCAAGGAUAUGCUCAAGAAAUACAACAUGCACAAAUCAAAUGAAAUGAGCACCCUCAUGUAUCCAAACACCGUUCUGGACAAAAAUGAUGAAAGUUCACCAAUUGAUCCAACAUCGUACAAAGGAAUGAUAGGAUCACAUUUGUAUCUAACAUCCAGCAGACCAGACAUCAUGUACAGUGUUUGCUUGUGUGCAAGAUUUCAGGUAAAUCCUCAACAAUCACACUUCAGUGCUGUUAAACGAAUCUUUAGAUAUUUAAUAGGUAAUGGUAAUCUUGGUCUCUUGUAUGAGAAAGGUAGUGAUUGCAGGCUUAAAGGAUUUUGCGACACUGACUAUGCUGGAGAUAGAGUUGAACGAAAGAGCACAAGUGGAGGAUGUCACUUUCUAGGAAACUGUCUAGUCUCUUGGACAAGUAAAAGGCAAAGCACUAUAUCACUAUCUACUACCGAAGCUGAGUACGUUGCAGCUAGCUCCUGUUGUACACAAGAUAAAGCAUCAACUUGA